AUGACCGAGACCAAGGUUUCUCUCUCCAUGAUCACCAAAGCUGGAGUACCCAACAACAAGAUCUUUGUUGGUGAAUCAAGCUACGGUAGAUCUUUUCGAAUGGCCGAAGACGGAUGUUCCGGUGCUAUGUGCGAGUUUACUGGCUCGCGAACCAAGUCAGAUGCGAAGCCAGGACGAUGCACCAAGGAAGGAGGCUACCUUGAAAAUGCCGAAAUUACUGAGAUUCUCAAUGGUCAUGGCAAGUUUAAGAACUUCUAUGAUGAGGACUCGCAGUCAAAUGUCCUGCUCUAUGGCGGCGACUAUAGAAACUUGAACUUUGCCGGCAGCAUCGACUGGGCUGUUGAUCUGCAGGACUUCUUGGAUGGCAGUUCAACAGACGAAUACCCCGAUGAUUACGAAUACUCAAUCGAUACCAAUCUUUACAGUUCCUGCGACAGCGUUUACACUACCCUCGAUCAGCUUCAAGGCGCGAUAUACAGAGCGCCACCUUGCUGCGUGGACAAGUACAUUGUCGAUGUCGAGAUUGCCAUCAUGGAAAGAUCUCUGAAGAAGUACAGGGAGUUGGUGGACAGCGGCUAUGACGACAAGUUCAAGAUCUACGAGCGCUACGUUGGCCAACAAGUGCCUGAUCAAAUCGACGCAUUCAUGGCCAGUGGCAAGGCAGACGACUAUUUCCAUUGCACCGAGACGAAGGACGUCACCUGCUGCAGCAGCUGCACCUACAUCUUUUGCCGCGAAGAUUGUGACGACUCCAAGGACUGCAAACCUGGAGUGCGUGCAGUCAACAUCAAGUGUCCGACAACUCUUGAGAACGGCUCGGAAGGGUUAAGCCUUAGCGAAAAGAUCCCCAACGCCACAUACACACUUGUGGACUCAAAGGGCUUCUGGCAUGACCUCGCCGAGGAGUACGGCAUCGACAAGUCCUGGGUCAAGUUUGGCGAUAAGCACGUCAGGACCAACAAUGGUUGUCAGUAUGCCGGCGAGGACAUCAAUGAGUGCAUCAAGAGGAAUGAUAACUGGUGGUACAACUAUCCCCUCAGGGGCAAUGUCCAGGUUCCAAACCCCAAGAAACUGAUCGGAGAGUCAUACGACGAGUCAAAAGAUCUCCUGAGUCGCCUCAAGAUCAUGAGGGACAACGCCGAAUACGAUGAGUUCAUGCAAUGGCCCGACCUGCUCGACGCAGGCUCCUUGCUAGCACUGACGAUGGAGGCAGCCGUCGCGAGCAUGGACACGAUCAUCGAGACGGCCAAGGAGAUCAAGAAGGCGGAGCGGGAGGAGAUGAUUGUCGGCUUCGUCACAGGGUUCCUCUUCUUCCUCCCCGUUGUUGGAGAGGGCAUCGCGGCCGGCAUGUCGUCGUUGCGUUCGAUCCUCCUCCUGACUGGUGUCGCAGGCGAGGCGGGCCUGAUGGUUUACAGCAUCGUUGAGGACUCAAGCAGCGCCUUCAUGGCUGUUUUUGGAUUCCUGGCUGGCGCAGGUGUGGGACGGAGCGGGUUUGAAAAGGCUGCCAAGUCGAGACGAUCCAUGUCAGCUGGCGAGGUUCAGAAGCUGGGGCCCGUGAAGCCAGAAUUGGAUCGGAUUGAGAAUUUCCGUGGGGGCUCUUGUAAGCUGGAUUAUUGA